AUGGAUGCAGAAAAAAGGAUCUUGCAAGAACGAGAGAAUUGGCGCAAAGAUAGGCCUUUUGGUUUUGUAGCUAAGCCUAGAAAAAAGCCCGAUGGCUGUCUUGAUUUAUUCAAUUGGGACUGUUCCUUUCCUGGCCCAGAAUCUACUCCUUUUGAGGGGCACACUUUAUCUUUACAAGUUGAGUUUUUCAAAGAUUACCCUCUUUCUCCACCCACCUUCCGUUUCGUCUCUAAUGUCUUUCAUCCUAACGUUUAUCCUGAUGGCGUUGUCUGCUUAGAUAUUCUCUCGACCACUAAUUGGAAACCUUCUAUAAAUAUCAAAUCCGCCCUACUCGCCAUUCACUAUCUCAUCACCCACCCCAACAUAAACUCACCAGCUAACCAAGUUGCAUCCAAUCUCUAUGAGAAGUCCUUCCACGAGUACAGCCAGAAAGCCAAGAAGAAAAUAAACAUCGGUUAA